ACCGGUAUUGUUGACAUGGCCCAAUAUUCCUCAGAGCAGCCGGCAUAACAAGAGAAGAGAUCUCAUGCCAGGAAGCCAUGCAGCAGAGCCAAACCCCUUCCUCGUGGGGUCUCAAUGUUUGGGUGGAGGGGCGGCUUGGCUGGGGUCUGCACCCACCCCGGGGUGGGGGCUCUCUCCUCCUCCUCCUCGACACACCACCAGCCAGGCGCUCUGGAGAGGAUCCCUUCGCCUCAGCAGCAGCAGCCUGCAGGAAGAAGCGCUUCCCGGGCGACCCGUCUCUAAGAGCAUCUCGGCUUCUAGCCACUGCGAGGCGAUCUUUCGCUCUGGCCGGCGGCAGCCCGGAUGUAGCUUUUCUAGCGGCGGCGGCGGCGGCGGCAGGAGGAGCUGCCGAGCGGUGCCUACUUGCCUCCCUCUGCCGCUUGUCUGCAAGUGACACACCGCGGCGAGCAGGAACAUGGCGCUCGGAGCGAUGUAACGGAGGAGGGAGAGGAGGAGAUGCAGCCGGAGCUCGCCUGACACCCAGCCGGCGGCCACUAGGUUUCCCCACCAUGUUUGGGAAGAAAAAGAAAAAGCUUGAAAUUUCUGGUCCCUCAAAUUUUGAACACAGAGUGCACACUGGAUUUGAUCACAGAGAACAGAAAUUCACAGGACUACCUCAACAGUGGCAGAGUUUACUAGCGGACACAGCAAACCGGCCGAAGCCUAUGGUGGACCCUUCAUGCAUCACACCCAUCCAACUUGCUCCUAUGAAGACCAUCGUUAGAGGAAAUAAACCUUGCAAGGAUACUUCAAUCAAUGGCUUGCUGGAAGAAUUUGACAAUAUCUCAGUGACACGUUCCAACUCGCUCCGGAAGGAGAGUCCUCCCACCCCUCACUUGGGACACUCGAACCACGUAGAAAGCCACCGGCAAGAAAAUGGCUACAUUACAUAUUCUCAGUAUUCCAGUGAGUCGGAGACUGCUGCAGACUUCAUGGGUGAGAAAUACAGAGACAAUACAAGUGUUCACGGGGAAGAAUUGGACAGAUACUCCAAAGGCAGCUGCGCUGCAAAACAGAACGGACAUGUCAUGAAAAUGAAACCCAGCGAAAUGUAUUUCUCAGAAGCUAAGCCCCUGAAGUCUGAGAUCGCUAGGUUCUUGCCAGAUUAUCAUGCUCACAUGGAAACAAAAAGCAAACUGAAUGAGUAUGGUGGUCUGAAGCUGGAGUAUCAGAGGGCUCCUAGUGGCUCUUCUCUGGAUUACAAAGAACCUUUCCAUUACACCCCUUCUCGAACUUCCAUUCACAGUCAAUGCUCAAGAGAGAGACUAGAAUACAGUGACAGCGACUGGGGCAAGGAUGAUUAUGACAAAAGGCCCAAGUCAUCCUAUGUCAACCAGACGAGCCCUCAACCCGCCAUGAGACAGAGGUCCAGGUCAGGCUCUGGUCUCCAAGAGCCAAUCAUGCCCUAUGGAGCGAGUGCUUUUAAGUCCAGUCAGCAAGGCCACUCGUAUAGUUCAUAUACCUACCCUCGCUUAUCAGAAACAGCAACAGGCAUCCCAAAGCUGGAUUAUGAUCGAGCCCAGAUGGUAGUAAGCCCUCCCCUAUCUGGAUCAGACACUUACCCCAGAGGCCCAACAAAGCUACCUCAAAAUCAGAGCAAAGUCAGCUAUUCAGGCAGUGGCUACCAGUACCCAGCACUCUACCACAAAUUCUCUCACUAUCACCACCAGCCUUCUCUGCAACCCAGCUCCCGUUACGUCUCCACCGCUUCUUAUCCCAGCUCCCCGAGCGCCACUUCAAGCACCUAUCCCCCGCCCAGCUGGGGCUCAUCUUCAGAUCAACAGCCCUCCAGGGUGUCGCACGAGCAGUUCCGAGCAGCCUUACAGCUGGUCGUGAGCCCCGGAGACCCUCGGGAGUACUUGGACAACUUCAUCAAGAUAGGGGAAGGCUCCACGGGCAUCGUCUGCAUUGCCACGGAGAAGCACACAGGGAAGCAAGUUGCUGUGAAGAAAAUGGAUCUCAGGAAACAGCAGAGGAGGGAGCUGCUCUUCAAUGAGGUUGUAAUAAUGAGAGACUACCAUCAUGAAAAUGUGGUUGACAUGUACAACAGUUAUCUGGUGGGAGAUGAACUGUGGGUUGUUAUGGAGUUUCUGGAAGGCGGUGCUCUCACAGACAUUGUGACUCAUACAAGAAUGAAUGAAGAACAGAUUGCUACUGUGUGUUUGUCUGUAUUACGAGCGCUGUCCUAUCUGCACAAUCAAGGCGUUAUUCAUCGGGAUAUAAAGAGUGAUUCUAUACUUCUCACAAGUGAUGGGAGAAUAAAAUUAUCAGAUUUUGGAUUUUGUGCUCAAGUAUCAAAAGAUGUUCCAAAAAGAAAGUCACUCGUCGGAACCCCCUACUGGAUGGCCCCUGAAGUGAUUUCUAGACUGCCUUAUGGAACCGAGGUGGAUAUCUGGUCCCUUGGUAUCAUGGUCAUAGAAAUGAUAGAUGGAGAGCCACCUUAUUUCAAUGAGCCGCCACUCCAGGCAAUGCGCAGAAUCCGAGACAAUUUACCCCCACGAGUGAAGGAUCUGCAUAAGGUUUCCUCAGUGCUCCGUGGCUUUUUAGACUUGAUGUUGGUGAGGGAACCUUCCCAGAGAGGAACAGCACAAGAACUGUUGAGACAUCCUUUUCUGAAACUGGCUGGGCCUCCUUCUUGCAUAGUGCCUCUCAUGAGGCAGUACAGGCACCGCUGAAUUCAGCUACAGGGUUCCCCCCUCCCCUGGGGAAGGCUGCUCAGAAACUGGAUGAAAACUCUAAGGCAAGCAGAAAGCAGUAGGGAGCACCACCACGGAGAAAAGUACUACCGUUGACGCAGCUCAGCAUACAAUGAAGCAGAAUUUCUCCCAGUUCAUGAUGUGUUGACAGCUAAUAGUCCUACAUGGGAUGCAUCUUCCACAGUCAGUUGGUGUUUUAUCCUGUCGAGUAUCAAAGCAAGGAGGACAUGACUUCAAACCCCACUUGGAAGGAGGAAAAAGACAAGCUUGUAGCACAAUUCGGAUGGAAGACCAGAAUUUUAUGUAAAAUCUAAGUGAAACGGCACUUCUACUUCAGAAGAACACUUUUUCUGACAAAAAAGAAGCACUUUUUAUCUCAGUUGUAGCAGUGUGACGUAUUUUGAAAUGAAUUUGUAAUUUUCUGUACAUUGCUUUUGAUAAAUUAUGGUACUUUGAUGUCAUAGCGAUAGUGCUAGUUGAGGUCAUAGGUGUAACUUAGCAAGCGUUUGAGCCAGAUCUUUCCUACUUUUUUAUCCCUUUUGAAGAGAGAGGAUCACACAUACACACACACACACACACAAACACACUCACACACCACACACACACUUAGCAGCUCAGAAUGUUGACAAGAACUUUCUAUCCAGCCAAACAUAUGUCUUCAUUUUUCAAAUGUUUCAAUUGCUGAGCGAUACUAUAUCACUUUUUUCCUUAAAAGAAUGUUUCAAGAUUUCAGUAUUCUCCUGAAGAAACAGGUACUUUGCAAAAUGCACAGGUACCUAUGCUAAGGGCUGGUUCAUAUCACAAUGUGUAUCAUGUGCUAUCUGCCGCUUAUUGGGUGGUUGCUAGUUUGUGUGAAAUCACAGCCCCACUACCACAGUAAGAGCACAAACUGAAGCUUCAUUGCCAAAAAGAAAGCUGUGCCAUUUGAUAAUUACCACCACUUCUCAUUGUGUAAGUGGGUUCUGAAUGUUAUAAGCAGUGGCUGCGAUUGAAUGACACCUUACUGUGCAUGCAGGCACCUGGGUGGUCUUGCUUACGCCUCUGUCAUUAUCCUGUGUUUUGAACACAGCCCUGCAAAUAUCAUGGUCCUCAAAGCAAACUACAGGCCACCAAUCAAGGCCUGCCUGGGGCUGCUCAAACCUUUUGGUUUUACCUGCAUGACUGUACCACAAUAUGCAUCCAGUGAGCUGUGUUCCAUUUGUUGGGUCAUACACAAGUUGUGCAGGCCUGUUUUGCAGCAGGGGUGCUUGACUUCCACCAGGGAUGAAGACAGAGGGGAAGCUUGAGGAGCAACUCCUCACUUAAAUGUUGUUUGGGGUAGAGGAAAGAAACUUUACAGGUGGUGAAAAACUGAAGCUAUGGGUUAUUAGGUUUGACGGGGAGGAAAUCAGUAUAAUGAGGAGGAUUUUCAAAUGCUUAGCAAGAGAUCUGCACUCUUGUUGAUGACAAAGUCAUCCAAAACACCCAAUUGUGUGCACAGAAAUCUGAAUCUUGGCUCCAGAGUUGCAGUUUCACGACAUAAUUGUUUCUAAAUCUCUCACACACAUGCUACUUAUAUAUAAUAUAAUGUGUGCAUAUCCAACUCACCUACCGGAGAGAAGGGUUAAUGAUUUGCCUCAUCUAGCAAUAUGGACAUUUCUUCUUCAUUUUAGCCUGUGUCCACUCCAGGGUUGCAAUAUUAGUCUUUGUUAUUUAUAUUCAUGUGUUGGGAGUCUAUGAUUCAAAGUCAAACACUGACUCAAGAAGUCCAGCCAGCGAGUGGGCAUUUUCCAAGCCGAAAUCCAAGUGUUGUUAGAAUAUAUUGAUGUGUUUGCCAUACUGGGGGACGGGGAGGGAAAUGCUGUCAAAACCCUUUUGGAAUGUUAAUUCAGCAGUGACUACUACAACAGACUUUGUGUUGCUUGUUGAAUAGAUGUGCAUGUCAACCAUAGGCCUAUAGAGAUUUGACUUUAAAAGUGCUUCAUAAUCAUUUCCACAAUGGAGGAAUUUAUUUAUUCAUAUUUUGUUUAAAAUGAUGCAUCAGAUGAAAGCCAUGUAUUUUCCAACUUUUUUGUUUGUUUCUUAUUACUGACUUUACUGGAAAAUUAUACCUGAUCCUGAAUCUAACAUAUCUGGUUAGAUCAUUUUUGCAUUAUGUGGGGGACAUUGUUUUGGGGUUUCCAGGUGUGUGAUUGGUUUUGUUUUGUUGUUUUUGUUUUUUGGGUUUUUUUUUUUUUUUGCAUAAAUAAGUUGGUCAUUGCUUACAAUAAAAAAGAAACAAAAGAAGA